AUGCCUGUGUCGCACUCUCGGCUGAUACUAGCCCCAACCAGGGGCGGUCCCCCCGCCCCUGGAACCGAAACCCACCCCGCUACAAAUCAUCAAAAUCUCCAGUCUCACGCUCAGCAUGCUUCACAACAGCACCAGCACCGAGGCACUGGAAUGCCGGGCGACAAAGACGAACUCUCGCGAAACUUCCCCGUCGACGACAUUGUGCAACAUCCGUUACCCGGUUACGUUUCCCCGUCCGCGAUCGCGUUCAGUCCCGACGAUCAGAUGAUCUCGUACCUCUUUAGCGAAGAGGGUACCCUCACGAGGAAACUAUUCGCGUACGAGUUAAAGACGGGUCAGCAGAAGCUAUUAGUGGCUCCGCCGGGCGGCGGAGUCGACGAGGAUAAUCUUUCCAUGGAGGAAAAAUUAAGGCGCGAGAGGCAGCGGGAGCGCGGCUUGGGAAUCACGCGCUAUGAUUGGUCCAAGAACGUGGCGGUUCCGCGGAUCAUGAUUCCGCUGCCAGAUGGCGUGUACGUGCAGGACGGCAUGGGCGCGGACCUGCGCCUGCGCAUCCCGGGGGGCGCGUCCCCCAUUCUGGACCCGCAGAUCUCCCCCGACGGCUCCGCCAUCGCGUUCGUGCGCGACGACGAGCUCUUCGUCGUCUCCACCACCGCGGGUGCUCCUAGACAGCUGACUUUUGGCGCAAAGGAAGCCAACAAGCUCGCUCAUCGCCUUCACACAGACAGACGCCUCUCCCGUGCAGCUCCCCCUUCACAUGCAGCCCCCUCUCCUGCCCGCGUCUCCCAGGCCUCCAGGCGGGGCCUGCGUGCCCCGUCCUGCCUGAAUCCCCUUCCGCCUGUCUCCCUGCUCAGACCCCCUCCCCGGUUCCGCCCCCACUCUGCCUUUUGUGACCCUUUCUCUCCUCCGCAGGAGGAGAUGGAGCGGCGCAGUGGCUUCUGGUGGUCGCACGACAGCUCGCUCAUUGCCUUCACACAGACAGACGCCUCUGCUGUGCCGCUCUUCCGCAUCCCCCACUGCACUCGCCCGCCUGUAGGGGCGGACUCUGAGGAGGAGCAUGCAUACCCCUUUGCAGGCCAGGCAAACGUGAGCGUGAGGCUCGGGGUCGUUCCCGUUGCUGGCGGCGAGGUUCGGUGGAUGGAUCUGCAUUGCGGCUUGGCAGGCAGCAGCUUCGGUAGAACAAAAGGCAGCAGCAGAAGUGACAGAAGCAAGAGCAGCAGCGCUGGUACCGGUGCUGGUGAUGGCAAUGGCUCUGGCAAUGGCAAUGGCAAUGGUGAUGGUGAAGGGAUGGGAGGAGACGCAAAACAGGAUGCAGGAAAGAGAGGAGUUUUGCAGCAAGGAGUGGCAGCAGCAGGUAGCGCACAGGAGGGUGAAGCAGGGUCUGUAGCUUCGUGCCUUCCGGGAAGGGACACUCGGGAACCAUCGCUUGCGGAUAAAGGAGCAAGUGGGAUCGACGACGAUGAGGAGUACCUAGCGCGCGUGUCGUGGCUCCCAGACGGGCGUCUCUCCGCUCAGGUGCAGAACCGCCGUCAAACCCGCCUCAAACUCCUCCGCUUCGACCCCUCCACAGGCAGCAGGGACCUCGUUCUCACAGAAUCCAACCCCCUCUGGGUGAACCUCCACGACUGCUUCACUCCCCUGGUGAAAUCCGGGGGGGAGCUGCGGGGAGGGUUUCUGUGGGCGAGUGAGCGCACGGGGUUCCGGCACUUGUAUCUGUAUGCGGGGUCGGGCCGGUGUGUGGGGGCGGUGACAGGGGGAGAGUGGAUGGUGGAGCAGGUAGCUGGGUUGGAUGAGGGUGCUGGGUUGGUGUAUUUCACUGGGACGAUGGAUAGUGCGCUGGAGAGUCAUUUGUAUGUGACGAGGCUGUUUGGGGGCGCGGAGGGGGGAGGAGGGGGUGUUGGGUUGGUGUCUGCGCUGGGUGCAGAGAAGCGUGAUGCGCUUUCUCGUUAUGAGCAGCAGCAGCAGCAACAUGCAGUGCCGAUGGGCCCGGGGCGGCACUUAGUCGUGCUGGACCACAGCCUGCAGCGCUUCGUUGACCUCGUUGACUCGCUUGACUCGCCGCCCGCCGUGCGCCUCUGCUGCCUCGCGUCGGGGCGGGUGCUCGCCGUGAUCUUCCAGCAGCACUCCCCUAAUCCCAGGGUGCAGCGGCUGCAGCUCAGGCCUCCGGAGCUCGUGCAGGUCACUGCUGCUGAUGGGACGACACUGCAUGGGGCCAUUUACCGCCCUGAUCCGGCCAUAUUCGGCCCGCCACCCUAUCGCACGGUGGUGAGUGUGUACGGGGGACCUCACGUGCAGACGGUGUGUGAGUCGUGGCUGUCAACAGUGGACAUGCGCGCCCAGUUCCUGCGCGCUCGAGGCAUGCUGGUGUGGAAGCUUGACAAUCGGGGCAGCAGUCGCCGGGGGCUCGCAUUUGAAGGAGCCAUAAAGUGCAACAUGGGCGGCGUAGAUGCUGACGACCAAGCGGCCGGUGUCCGUUGGCUUAUCCAGCAGGGCCUCGCCGACCCAAACCGGAUUGGGAUAUACGGGUGGAGCUACGGGGGGUACCUCUCAGCCAUGUGCUUGGCUCGGUACCCGAGCCUGUUCCGCUGCGCCAUUUCCGGAGCUCCGGUAACCGCGUGGGACGGUUACGACACGCACUACACAGAGCGUUACAUGGGUCUGCCUGCAGAGCAGCCGACAGCAUAUGACCGGAGCUCUGUAAUGCGGCACGUGGGUGGGAUUCGAGGGAAGCUGCUGCUGGUGCAUGGGAUGAUCGAUGAGAAUGUGCAUUUCAGGCACACGGUGCGCCUGGUGCAGGCACUUACUACCGCUGCCAAGCAGUAUGAGCUGCUGCUUUUUCCGGAGGAGAGGCACAUGCCAAGAGGCCUCCGUGAUCGGACGUAUAUGGAGGAGAGGAUUUAUGAGUUUUUGAAUCAAGAAUCGUCAGCGCUGGCACAAAGUGGCCGUUUCUUCGACUGCGCGCCCUCUCUUGCUGCUCUCCUCCGCGUCUCCGCAGCCGUGCUGCGGACUCCUCUCUCUCACCUCGCCUUUCACUCAUCCUCGUCUUCCCCCUCUUCCUCGCGUGUGUGCGCAGCUCGGCGUGUGCGUGACGGUGUUGAAACAGCAAUGCCGCGAGCAUGGCGUCGCCCGAUGGCCGUUCCGCAAGAUCCGCAAGCUAGAUCACAUGCUGUGCGCGCUCGAGGGCGCAGUCAACCGCCCGGGGGCGGCGAGCAGCAGCAAGCCCGCGCUAACGGCACAGCAGGCGCACACGGACCACCAGCGGAAGCGCAAGAUUGGAGCGGUGAAGGAGACGUUGUCGGGGCUCUUAACGGAUCCCAACUCCGCGGCGCACAUGCGCCUCGGCAAGAUUAA